AUGGAACAGUUGAAAUUGAGAUAUUUCAAGGAAGCCUUAUAUCGGACUAAAAAGGACCAGAAGGAUCUUGCAAAAUACAUUGUAGAGAAUGAAGUACGUAUCCGUCAUUGUUAUGCAGAGGAGUUCCAUAACAUCAACACACGGAGAAAUCGAGAAGAAGACAAUCAAGAAUCGGAAAACCCAGAAGAAGCUGAUCAUGUCCAAAAGAAGGAGAAACCUUGGCUAAGCUAUAAUAUUUUGCAGGACUUGUUAUUACUUGAGAACCAGGUUCCAUUUUUUGUUCUAAAGGAAUUAUAUAAUUCUGCCUACCAAGACCUUCUUAAUGUUCAAGAAAAUGAGGACAAGUCCUUUCAUAAGUUUGUUGUAGAUUACUUCAAACAUUUUUGCGAAGAUACCGGUUUAAAUUGCUCUUUUGAUGAUUACCAGAAGAUAUUGGAGGGGAAGCAAGUCAGACAUUUAACUGAUUUCCUAAGAUAUUUUCUUCUUCCGCAAAAAUGGAAAUUUGGAAAAGGUAUUGAACGUCUACCUUGUGCAACAAAGUUAGCUGAGGCAGGAGUGGAAUUCAGAAAAGUCAAAAAUAGAUGCCUGCUUGAUAUUGGAUUUCAGAAAAAUUGGUUAUUAGAAAAAUGCCCGUGUUUAAAUUUGUCAUGGAUCUUGAGUUGCUUUCCAUGCCUCAAAUGCUUGCAGAACAUGCAACCUGUCUUGGAACUCCAAUCCUUUAUAGUAGGGGAUGCGACUGAAUGUGUUAUCAGAAACGUCACGGCCUUUGAGCAGUGUCAUUAUCCACAGGAAGCUAUCAUCUGUAAUUAUAUUGUGCUAUUAGAUCAUCUUAUUGACACUGCGGAAGAUGUGGAUCUACUUGUUGAGAAAAAGAUCCUGGUUAACUGGCUAGGAAACAAUGAGGCAGUGGCAACUUUGAUCAACAAACUUUGCCACCAAAUUGUGGAAGGCAAUCGUUCCUGUUACUAUGAACUCAGUGAACAAAUUCGCGGGCACUAUAGCAACUGUUGGAGCAAACUCAUGGCAUCCUUUACAAAUCUAUAUUUCCGUGAUUUUUGGAGAGGCACCACAACUGUUAUUGCAAUUGUGGUCCUGUUUUUCACUUUCUGGAAUUUCGUUACCCCUUCUAUCAUUCACCGUUAA